AAACUAGGAACAGGAGUAGGAAAUGAUACAUCGAACUGUAUGGGACGCGCCGUCCGCCAGUUCGAAAAAGAAGUUAGUUUUAUACUAGGAGCAGGAGUAGAAUGUUACAUCGAACUGUAUGGGACGCGCCGUCCGCCAGUUCGAAAAAGAAGUUAGUUUUAAACUAGGAAAAGGGGUAGAAAAUGUUACCUCGAACUGUAUGGGACGCGCCGUCCGCCAGUUCGAAAAAGAGAAGUUAGUUUAAGGCUAGAAACAGGAGUAGGAUAUGUUAAAUCGAAAAGUAUGGGACGCGCCGUCCGGCAGUUCGAAAAGGAAGUUAGUUUUAAACUAGGAACAGGAGUAGAAAAUGAUACAUCGAACUGUAUGGGACGCGCCGUCCGGCAGUUCGAAAAGGAAGUUAGUUUUAAACUAGGAACAGGAGUAGAAAAUGAUACAUCGAACUGUAUGGGACGCGCCGUCCGCCAGUUCGAAAAGGAAGUUAGUUUUAAACUAGGAACAGGAGUAGGAAAUGAUACAUCGAACUGUAUGGGACGCGCCGUCCGCCAGUUCGACAAAGAAGUUGGUUUUAGUCUAUGAACAGGAGUAGGAUAUGUUACAUCGAACUGUAUGGAACUGUUGCAUGGAACUGUAUGGGACGCGCCGUUCGCCAGUUCGAAAAAAAAGUUAGUUUUAGACCAGCAACAGGAGAAGUACUUUCUUACUGACACUUUGAAAAAAGCUUGUAAUCGCCUCGCGCUUCAAAAAAUGGUCACAGCCUUCUCUGUUGAGUCUCGCGCCCAAAAUCAAAGCUUCGUGUCCAACUUAGGGUUGGGGCUUAAGCCGGUUCAAAACUACAAGAGUAUUUUUGUUAGGAUUGAAAAGGUCCAGCUUUCCGCGCAAAAUACAUAAGCACAGGAGGACACGAACAUGUUGCGAUCUAGCACCUCUCACUUAAACAUUCUUUACGUUUGUGUGUCAACAUUAUAGCUCAUUCUCUUGAUUUGGCCAAGUUUUCUAACGUAAAAAUGUUAAAAUGUGAAAUAACAAUCAUGUUUUUUCUCUCAUGAGGUUAAUAACAUACGACUUUAAUGCGUUAUUCAGCUCUAGAGCAUUUGCUAUGUCUGGCAGCUCAAAAUUCAUGGGAAUCGUCGAGGCCAAGGAAAUGAACCAUUGAACAAGGCACCGUCCUUAAAAAUAUAUCACACUUAAGAAAGCGAAGAAAAAAUUAUCGAAUGUUACCGGAUCUGCGAAAAAGCGAAUCGAAGUUAUGGAGUCAUACAAUUUCUAAGCACAAGCUGGCGUCAUAUCAUAAUAAAGUCGCAGCGAUACUAAAUUUCUUUACUGUGGAACGGUUGUUUUCGCAGAGAAACUGAUUAAAAAUUUCAAUUCUUACCUCAGAGCAAUCGUUUUUUUUUUUACCUUCCUUUCGCUAACAAUGAGAAAAAUCCAGCAUCCUUCCUUGAUAUUAGGCCGCAUGUAUUAGUUGUAGCCGAGUGUGAACAUCCACCACACAUUCUGAUCUAUUCUCACUACGUCCAAAUAUAAACAAUUCCCGAGAAAAAGAAGCGACGAGGAGGUGAAAUGCUAGAUCCACGCCAAGGCAACGUAGUCCAGUAACAAUGCAGGCGUUGUGGGGAACCGAGUGAUUUUAGGUGCUUUAAAAGCGCGCAAACAAAAUUAUAUUCUGGCGCAAAAUGAAGAUUAUCUUGCAAUGUAUGCUGACAUUUAAUACAUUGAAAAGUUUCGCCAUGACACUCCUUUAGAGGAGUGUCAAAUAUUAAAUGGGAUUAAGUGCCCACAAAGCUUUUUUUUCAAGACUCUGCAUGGUGCUGCAAGACUCUGCAUGGUGCUGUACUUCCAGUAAAAACCCUUUGCGUCCUCUCAUGAGAAAAGUUUGGGGUGAAAUUUGUUUAAUGCUAUCAUGAGCAGGCAGGGAAGUGGGAGCGGCUUCAGCUUAUCUUUUUUAUAUAGCUUUGUACUUUUUAUUAUAUUUGUAUUUAAAUUUUUACCCGUCUGUUAUUACAUUUUUUCGAUCUUGCACUUCAUAUUAUAGUUAGGCUAAAUAUUCAUUGUUUCUAAGUUCUUAGAUUAGAUUAAUGGUUAAGAAUAUUUUAGAUAACGAUCGAUUUCGACAUACAUUUUAAAAGAACAAUCAACGAUAACAAAGUAACACGACGGGCGCUUUCCAUUUACGAAAAAAAACCGGAAAUUUCGGUGGCAGCAAAAGUGGAAUUUCCGAUUGGUAAAAAGUUGUUCCUUUGGUCGUAAACCCCGGUACGUGGCCGGGUGCCCGACCGUGGACCUGGAACUGGUACAAACUACGAGAAACGUAAAUGGAACACGACAUUCCGUUCGGAAAUUCCAACCGGAAAACGGGACCACCUUUUUAGAUUUUCCACUUUUUCUGGGAAUUUUCCAGUGGGACGAACCGACGAAACGUGUUCCAUUUACCGCCGAGCCGGAAAUUCCGGAAAUUUUGACUAAAUGGAAAGCGCCCGACGUUUCGAUGACUCCAUGUCAUCAUUAUCAAAUGCAAUGAAAAUUAGCAUGAAUUGGUGAUAUAUAUACAGAAAAAAAGAAAGUGUCAGGAAUAUGUAAAGUUAAAUUGAGGUGUGAAAAUGAAGCAAACUAACAAUUAAACAAAACGUUUCGCCGGGAUGGAGUCCGCUUGAGUGGUGCGCUUUAAGGUCCUCAAGAAACGCCGAGGGAAGCUUGCGUGUCUGAUCUUGGAAAUGCUUAUCAUCAGAAACAAAAGAACUAAUUUAAACACUCAAGCGGACGCCAUCCGGGCGAAACUUUUUAUUUAAUUGUUAGUUUGCUCCAUUUUCACGCCUCAAUUUAACUUUACAUAUUCCUGACACUUUCUUUUUUCUGUAUAUAUAUCACCGAUUCAUGCUAAUUUUCUUCGCAUUUGAUAAUGAUGACAUGGAGUCAUUGAAAUGUCGUGUUACUUUUUUAUCGUUGAUUUUUCUUUUAAAAAGAAUAUUUUAACUUAUUUUAUUAUGAAUUGCAAUUUGUGCCGUUAAAUUCUAAUAUAUACGCAAUUAAAUACUUAAUUAAAAAUGAAUAAACGUUUGUUUAGUAUUCGGAGUGUGCACUUUUUUAAAUUUUGGAACUAAUGGUGGUCGCUUACCAAAUUUAUCAACUUUAAUAGUGGAGUCCUUAUUCGAAGUGAGUGAGUCUCGUCGAUGAGCAAGCCCUACCGGGUUUUGUUACGUUGGAAUUAUAUCUUAUUCGAAUAGGACAGUUGGACGUGAUCGUUAUCCAAAAGUUAAAAAGUGCUUGGCUGCGACAAUCGCGAGAUUACCGGCUUUGUCACAGGUUCGAACCAUACACUGUAUGUAUCAUGUUUGUCCUACAGGUAUGGAGAUAUGGUACCACACACAGUCAUUGGAAAGCUAGUGGGCAGUUUGGGUUGUAUUGUCGGUGUGUUGAUGAUUGCUUUACCUGUUCCCAUCAUACAGAAAAAGGUGAGAAAUAGACUCGCCGCUUUAAUUUAUUACAUUAGGAGUUUUCACAAGAGAACUAAUCAGUAAAUCCUUAACGCAUUUCAGGCUUCGCUGUAUGUCAACGCGCGUGCAAUAUCCGUGAGAACUCGGUUGUGGAAACUGUUCAGAAAGUGAGAAUUUCACUGUGAAAUUAGAACCGCAAUGAGCAACCUAUAUUGUCAGGGUCUUUCUUCUUGCUUUCCUUGGGGGAGGGUUAUGAGAUUGCCAAAUGCACAGUUUCUCUUUAAACAAACUCAUUCAUGACUGCAUGGGCUCGAAGUUCACAACCUAUAAGUCGUCUGUAUAGAGCGUUUUCACCCACGUGGCCAGCAGCUAUACAAAGCGUGGAUCAUCAUACGUUUCAGGGAAACUGCCCACCUACCCCUCCCCUAAGCCAACAUUUUGUCCUAACUGAGAAGUAAGAGUUAAUGUUGGCUUAGGGAAAGGGUAGGUGACACCAAUAUGGCGGACGUAACGUCAUGUGAAAAGGCUCUAUUCUCAUUCGUGUGUUGAACAGCUAAACUUUAAAUGAAAAAGUUCUCUUUCUGUAACCUCUCCUUUCGUUUUGGGCGGAGGAUAGAUCAAGUUAGUGCCUGAGACCAUUGUUAAUCUCCACAGUUACGUAAUUCACUAUCCUUGAACCGUUAACAAAAAGUUUUAACUUAAAACUGCCUGAGUGCUGUCUACCACCAAGUAUUUAUAACAGUACUUGAUGAUACUUGAACACGAUAAGUAAGGAGAAUUUUAUUUUUUUUAAUUUCAAAGGCAAACCUACAGCUAGGACUUCUGGACGAAGUAGACGAGGCCUUAGAGGCAGAAAUAUGA